AUGAUGGCCGGCAAAGCAAUGCAGCUGGAAGACUGGCUCGACGAUCUGUGCGUCCGCUUCAUCAUCAAUCUUCCCCAAGAAGAUCUGUCCAGUGUCGCUCGAAUAUGCUUCCAGGUAGAAGAAGCACAAUGGUUCUACGAAGACUUUGUCCGUCCAUUGGACCCCAAUCUACCCAGCAUGUCAUUGCGGACAUUCUGCCUCCGGAUAUUUCAACACUGCCCAAUUCUAGCAUCUUUUCCUGCCGAGAGCCACGUACGCGCUUUCGAGGAAUUUCUGCAAUACAAGACUAGGGUGCCGGUUCGAGGCGCGAUUAUGCUGAAUGAGCAGAUGGACUCGACCGUCCUCGUCAAAGGUUGGAAAAAAGGGGCAAACUGGAGCUUCCCGCGCGGCAAAAUCAACAAGGAUGAAGCCGAUCUGGACUGCGCAGUCCGAGAAGUUUGGGAAGAGACAGGACUUGACCUGCGCGCUGCUGGCCUUGUUCCCAAGGAACCGCCCAAGGCUCUCGAAGUCACGAUGCGUGAGCAGCAAAUCCGCCUAUAUGUUUUCAGAAACGUCCCAAUGGACACACAUUUCCAGACACAGACCAGGAAGGAGAUCAGCAAGAUCCAGUGGUACAAGCUCUCAGAGCUACCGGCCUUCCGCAAAAAGAACCAAGGUCAGGAUGCGGCCAACAGCACCAAUAAGUUUUACAUGGUCGCUCCAUUCUUGUUCCAGCUCAAGAAGUGGGUAGCGACCCAGAAGAAGAUGGACGCUAGGCAAGCGGGCAUGCUCUAUGACUCGCAGCUCAACGCGAACUUCUCUGUGGAUGAAGCGCCUACGGAAGAAGAUGGAUAUCCUCAAGAACCGCCGCCGCCACCGCCUCAUUACCAGCAUGAUGGUGUUCCCAGCGCCAUGGCUGGUGCCACAGGCGACCUGCAGAGACUGCUCAACGUACAGCCAGCCACGCAGAAUCCCCAGAUGCAGCCGAACAUGGAGGAUAAAGCCAGUGCUUUGCUGUCCAUUCUUCAGGUCAAGGACACAGCUUCGGAGGGGCAGUAUAGGCAGGGGCAGGACCAGCUGUCGCACACACAAUCGGAAAUGGCUGCGGGCGGCGCGCUACACCAGCACAAUCCUCAUCAUCACUCGAGUCAACACCAAUACCAUGCGCAUAACCAUUCGGAACAGCCUCCUCCGGCUCUGCAUCUUCAUCAGCAUCACCAUGGGCCAACUUUCACUGUUGCUCAAGAACCAAACCAACAUGGAUCCCAGCAGCCUUACCAACAAAGCCAGGGCCUCUCGUCACAAGAGCAGUCGCAGCAGCUUCUGCAGCAAUUCUUCCAGCAGGGCAAAGCGCCCGCUCACGAUUUUGGUGGCACUCCUCGUCAGACUCAACCACAGCCUGCCGCCGCUCCAGCUGCGCAGCUGGUCCACCCUCAGCCUCUGCCUCCGCAGAUCCAACGUGCCAUGUUCAACAAGAGCACGUUCCAGGAGAAUUCUUCCCACGCAACCCAGCCCCAAGCCCAAGCGUCAGUGGCCAAGGCUGGAACUGGCCAAGCCGCUUCAAACCCUGGCCCAGCUCCUGCCCACUUGAAUGGUCAGUCCAUGGCCUUGCUCAACGCGUUCAAGCGAGAUGCUGGCAUCUCACCCCAGGCGCAACAUGAAGCCGUGCCCGCGCCUGCGCCGCAGCCGAUGCCGCCGCAAGCAACACAGCAAGCAACACAGCAAUCGCUCUUUUUCAGCAAAUCCACGUCUCGCACGCAGCAGCCUACAGCAACAUCUCAAGUGCCUCAACCAUCGGAACUCGCCGGCUCGAAACCCUCAGCACAGCCUGAUCAAUACCGUUCGUCCCUACUUGGGAUGUUCAAGACUGCGGAAGCGUCACCAUCACCGAAACCCAUCACGUCUUCCGCACAGCCGGGUGUUCAUGCCGCUCAGAAGCAAAGCCUCCUCGAUGCACUCCGUGGCGGGCCUCAAGAAACACAGCCCCUGACCAAACCAACACCGCCUCAAGCGUCCGAUCCAAGCACUGUUGCAUUGUCCAGCUUUCUCACCAUGAAGCCUCGCGAGGAGCAGAAGCCUAGGCAUGCCCAGAUGCCUCCUCCACAGGCUCAACCUCAGCAGGCACAGCCCAUCCGUAUCCUCCAGCGAGGCCAAGCCGCCGAUUCAAUCAACUACGCACCUCCCAUGCAAGACAAGUCCACUUCGCGCUCGCCCUACGCUGUCCAAUCUUCCGCGGGCUCUCACCAUUACGCUACUCCCCCAGUGGCGAGUGCCCAACCUUCGCCAGCAUCAUCACAGCGCCGGCCCGAGCCAUCGCACGACCAACGCCGCCAACUUCUUUCGCUGUUUGGGGGGAUGCAGCAACAACCUCCUGCGCCGAGUUCAGGUCCGGGUGUGGCCGAGAUGGGAUCCGGCCAAGCUUCUCCAGCCAGAGGCGGCACAAGCACGCCAAUGUCUCCAGCUGAACAGACAUUCCUACUUGACUAUCUCCAAUCCGUCACCAACACUGCCUCACGCUAG